AUGGCUCUCGUUAUGAAUCUCUUACUUCUUUUAUUUUCAGUAGCCUUAGUCCGUUCUGAUCAAACUACCACGCCUCUCAAAUCCUUCAAGAUUGGUGAAAAUGUAACUUACGAUUGCAUAGAUAUAUAUAAGCAACCGGGACUUGAUCACCAUUUACUCAAAAACCAUACAAUCCAGAUGAAACCAUCAAGGACUCAAUUAAAUAGUCAAACUAGCAACAGCAUUACACACAAAAAUAAAAUCAAAUGUCCAGAUGGAACUGUUCCUGUAUUAAGAAAUACCAAAGAGUUCGUCACCAACGAUAACCUUUUCGCCGAGAAGUAUGUCCAUCCACAAUCAGCAGAUAGCCCUGGGACACAUAUUGCUGGAGUAAGGUCGCAUGCUGGUCCAUAUCGUGGUAUACAAGCUUGGGUUGAAGCAGUUGACCUAAAAAUCGAAAAGGACCAAGCCUCAUAUAGUCAAAUAUAUUUAGGCAGUGGGGUGAAUAAACAGAUUAAUUAUAUCUCUACGGGGUUUAUGAUAAAUCCAGGAUUUUUUGGGGAUGGACGUGUUUGGUCAUAUGGAUUUUGGAAGGGUAAAGAUGGAAAAGGAUGUUACAAUACAGCUUGUUCGGGGUUUGUUCAAGUAUCACAGACGAUUCCUAUUGUUCAACCCAUUGUUAUUUCGCCAGUGGAGUCUUCCCUUUUACGUCCCUUCAUACAUCAGGAUAAAAUUACAGGAAAUUGGUGGCUUACACAUCUGGGGCCAGAUGAACCCUACGGAGAUAUUGGUUAUUGGCCAAAAGAAUUGUUUAACCUUUUUGACAAUGGGGCGAGUAUGGUUGGAGUUGGUGGUGUGGUUCAGGCUUCGCCUUCUGGUUCAAGCCCUCCAAUGGGUAAUGGUAAAUUUCCGGUUGGAGGCAGGAGAGAUUCAGCUAUUUUUGCAAACAUUGAUGUCUUGAAUUCUGACUAUGAGCAAAGUAAAAUAAAUUCUUUUCCUAUUGAGAUAUUGGUAGAUAGUCCAAAAUGCUACGGGCUAAGAGUCGGUAAGGUAAAAUGGUACCGUCGUACUCGUCUAGGGUACUUUUUCAAUUACGGUGGUCCAGGAGGAAACUCUUGUGGAGUUUGA